AGCCAUGCGAUCAGAUUUUUUUUUUUUUUCUUUAUAAAUACGGUCACGGGCUCACCGCUCGUCAUCCUUUCCUUUCUAUCGUCCCUUUCUUUCUGUUCUUCAAGCUUUCACCAGGCAAGGUCUUGAGAACAGAUUAGACGGAGCUUCCACUGAGAAGCUGUUGCGUUUAUCACUCUGGCCGACUCUCCAGUGAAGUCUUCUCGCACCUUCAGGGAGGUGUGGCUUCGAUCAGAAGGCAGUGUUGUUCCCUUCCUUUCUGCUCCUUUGUUCUUCCAUUGUACUCGGUCUCUGGUUUGGCAUCUCCCCAUUGAUUACGGCUAACCUUCGCAUCAUUCUUCUUCAAUGUAACCAUUACUUUGUUUAGGUUUCCCUUUGCUGUCUGUUAUAUCUCAGUUUUUAGCCAUUACAGAUGUAAAUAUCCUUAAGACAGAAUUCUAGAGAGGAGAAGAAGAAGAAGAAGAAGAAGUAAGAAAGAAAUAAAAAGAAGCUAAUCUUUUGUGUUCUUUGUUGGGUAUUCUAACAAAAACCAGUAUCCUAACUGAAAUGGCCAAAUUCAGUUGUUUCUCCCUGCUAGUUGGGUGGAAGAAGAAAUCCAAGGUUGUGGAGGAAUGCCCAGAACUUGUUCAUAGAAAGGGGCUUGGGACCCCAGAAGAAAAACUAAAACUCCCAGUAAAAUCAUCCGAGCACGACGAGUUGAAAUCAACUUCUUUCAGUUUCUCAGCUCCCUUUGGUAUCCAGGAAAAUUCUACCUGCAAGGUGAAGGUGCUCAGUGAUGAGAGGGUUUUUGGGUCUUCUGAAGUAGCUCAGGUAGAAUAUGAAGCGGAAGAUGAGCAUGACGAGAACUUGUCUAUUAGGAGGGAUUUCUCAGACUUUGAUCUUCCAGCUCAUGAAUCUGAAAGAGGAGGAGAAGUGCAUCACUUAACUAACAGAAAAAUUGCCUCUGUCGAUUUAGUUGAUCGCGAGAUGGACUCUCAGUCGGAGAGAAAUGUCGAUCUGGGUGUUGAAUUUAUCCAAAGUGGUCAUGUUAGUGAUCCUGGGAUUUGCAAAGCAGAAUUCUGGACUUCUCCUGGACUUCAACGCUCGUGCUCCAACCUUGAAACAAGGGAAGUACUGAAGAAGAUGGCUGAUGGGCUGCCUCCUUUAAAAUAUCAUUCCUUCAAACACUCGCAGAGUUUUACGUCUAGUAAAAACAAGGAAUUUAAUGCAGGAAUUCAAGGCAGCCCAGAAUCAGUGAUGACUCCUCGCAGUGCAGACAGAGUGAUGCUGAGGAAGCAAUCUUCAAGCCAAAUUCUCCCUUCCAGAAGUAGAAGACUCUGGUGGAAGCUGUUUCUCUGGAGUCACAGGAACCUGGAGAAGUCACGGAGCAUGAAAACACGGCCACUAUCCACUUUCCGCACUUCAAACCAGAAAGGUGGGUAUUCCUCAGAUACUCUAGAACCAAACCAGGCCAAGGAGUUGGGCUACAUGGAAUCACCUGGAUCAAUCACUGGAGAAUCCAGAAACAACAGCCCAAACUGGAACAAGAAGUUUCACAGUGGAGCAUCUGGCUUAUGGCCCCAGAACCAGUGGGUUGCUUUUUCUACAGGGUCUUCAUCCAUGACAAGAGUUGAUCAGUGGGUAAACAGCCUUGAGACCCAACCACCUCUUCCAGUCAAUGCUGAAGACAUGGCCGAUGAAGAUAUCACAUUUCCGCCUUCUCCUGAUGCAUCUCCAGCUAAAAGCACAAGUAAUAUGAACCACUGGUCUAAUAAUGUCUCAGAGGAAGUUUUAUACGCCAACAAUUUGAUCCAGUCUCUGAAUUCUUCCUCAACUGUAGCCCAUAUCUCUGGUAUGGGUCUGAAAGUCAUCCCUCCAAUUUCAGGAUUCUCAAGUCUUCGAUCUGUCAACUUAUCAGGAAACUUCAUAGUCCAUAUUACUCCCGGCUCACUACCUAAGGGCCUUCAUGCCCUGAACUUGUCCAGAAACAAGAUUGUCGCCAUUGAGGGCCUCAGAGACCUGACUCGGUUGCGAGUACUCGAUCUCAGUUACAACCGGAUCUCCCGAAUUGGCCAAGGGCUGGCAAACUGUGCACUCAUCAAAGAGCUCUAUCUGGCUGGAAACAAGAUCAGUGAUGUAGAGGGGCUACACAGGCUCUUGAAGUUGACGGUCCUGGAUCUAAGCUUCAACAAGAUAACCACAGCCAAAGCACUUGGGCAACUAGUGGCGAACUACAACUCCUUAUUAGCUCUGAAUCUGUUGGGCAAUCCAAUCCAGAGCAACAUUGGUGAAGACCGGCUUCAGAAGACGGUUACUGGAAUCCUCCCACCACUAUCUUACCUGAACAAGCAACCCAUCAAGCCACAAAGGGCAAGGGAGGUGACCACAGCCCUUGGGGUCAAUGAAUGGGCCUCUCGUAGGAAAGCACUGAAACGAGUGAGAACAGUUGGAUCUUCAUCCAGCAGGCAUAAGAGCAGUGUUGCUGGGACUGGACAGAAAACCAGCCAUAGAUCAAAGAAAACUCACCACCACUCCCCCCCAAGACCGAAAUUGUCAUCACAUACUUCUUUCCAGUAGGAAGUUUCCCCUUCUUGGGAAUUAUGGUUAGGAAUGUGUCUUGGUUCAAUAUUAAAGGAAUGUGUCUUGGUUCAAUAUUAAAGCUCAUGCUGCCAGUGUGAAGAUCUGGGUUCGAGUCUCUGAGAGCAGUUACCUCUGCAAAAUAUUGCUGAAGGUUCAGAACGUCUCUGGUCCACCCCUCUUGCAGCCCUGUGGAAGUGGAACUCCAGCAGCCCUUCGGGGAUUAUUCAAGUUGUGUUUUAUAUUGAUAUUUUAAUUUUUGUGUUGUUUUUGUUGAAAUUUGUUUUAAUGAAUAAUUCUAAUCAAAACUUGAGAUUCAGUUAGAGUUUGAUUUAAUGUCAAAAACAGUUGCGUUUCUUA